AUGUUAGGCGCUGUGGCGGAAUUCCUUAUAUACAUCAUUGAAAGCUUCACUGGAAGUGUAAUCGAAAAUUACUCUCCAACAGGAUGUCAAGUAGCUGAUGAUGACCAAGGUUUACUUGAGGAAGAUAACCUUGCAGAUUUCACAAGAUUUGAUUCCCGCGGUGUCGAUACCGUCUUUCAAGAAUUCGAUCCCCCUGCAGGACAUUACGGCAAAAUGGCGUGGAAGUUGUCCCGACCUCCGUCUCUUAAAUUCCUUGUUACUUGUUUUAAGACGGUCUUUAAAAUGCAGUUUGUGUUUGGCUCUUCCAUCGGUUUGCUGGCGAUUGCCAUCGCAGUGUUAGAUUUCAACACCGCAGAUCUUUGCUACGAGAGGACAGCUCAAUGGUACAGCAUGCCACGAGUGAUUCAGAGCAUCCGUGUCACUAGCCAGUCGAUAGAAGGGUUCCUCAUUCAGCUUUGGCAUUUUUCCAUAAUGUUAUGUAUAUUUGGUUUUUCAUUUAUGAAAGAGCUUAACCUUUUCACGGUUAAUCUCCUUGCUGCUUUUACCGACUGUUGCUAUCGCCUGUAUCUACAAAUAUUUGGUAUCUACAAACACUCAUGGAUGAGUUACCCCUUAAAUGUUCUGUUUACCUUAAUGGUGAUGACGAAUAGCGUGAUCAUAGCUAAACAUAUUAUACCCGAGCAUUUGUACUCGAAGAAGACCCUAUUUAAGACCACAGGUCUUCUAGCCUUGCAGUUUAUAUUUGGCUUACCUAUUUGUUUCUUACUCGUCUACAAGAUCUUCCCAUGGUAUAACGAAAAAUCGGAGAUUGAGAAAGUGUUCAUCGCAGGUUUAAGCCCGUUAUUUCUAUCGAUCCCGAAAGUGAUUGUUCGUACAGCCGUAACAAAGUUCAACCUAGUUCACCCUGGAGUUUUGCACCUCUUGAUAGGUACUUUAUAUACUGCAGCAGCUUUUGUCUUCCGUGUUAUGCAGGCAGAGUUGGUAAGCUUUUGGUUAUUUGUCGCUUUGGGCGCUGGUCAUGCUGUGGUUGACCUCAUAGAGCGCUUAACAGUUUCCAUGAGGGAUUACAUCUGGGAAUACGCUUACAAACUACUCUCUCGCUGCUGCAGAUCACGCCCAAGAGAUUUUCCAGCAGGCAUAACCCGCACCCCUCGAAGUAUGCGUUUUGUUGCAGACGUUAGCAUUCAACUUGUCCUAACCGAAGCAAACGCCCUAGUGUCAGCGGUAGGAUUCAGCCAAUUGUACAAUUUCAUGUACCCAGAUGACUUCCAAACGCCUGAUGGUUACUUUGAGAGUCUCAUCUGGCAAUUCUUAGCUCGUUGCGUUACUGGUCUAGCAAUAGAUGUAUUUUUUAACACUGUAUCGUUGUGGCUACAAGCGAUGUACCUAAAUGUUGCCGUGUUGAAAGUGUGGAGGAGUAAACAGUGGCGAUACCACGUCAUUUCCAACGUAGUUUGCACGAUAAUGGUAGUUUUGUAUUUCACAGAGUACCUGUUUGCAAUAGUUAGGGGCAAAAAUAACGGUAAAAAGUUAAAAAGGUUUGCUUUUAACUGUUCUUUGCCCUUUUCCAAAUUCUAA